CAAAAAGUGUGUAGUGUAUGUGUUGCAUUUCAAUCUUUCAUUGAAUAGAACACGUGGGUUGGAGGCGGAGUCGUGGACUGGACUGAGAUUAAAUAUUCGCACAGUGAUAAAAGCAUCAAAACCAAUCCCCAAACUCUCUUAUCUCGCUUCGCCUUCGCAAUUUCAUUUCCCUCUUCCAACAUCCGCCGGAUCCUCCAAUUCUUCUUUCUAUUAGGAUGUGUUUCUUCAUUGGGUCAUACCGAUGGAGCUGUUUUUCCUUUUAAUGACCUGUGAGAGUUUUUUGUGUUUCGGGGGGUGCAGCGCUGAUGGGGAAAAUCCAGUUUAGAUUAAAUUGGAGGGCUAGUUGUGGUUCCUAAUAUGUUUGUUGCAUGUUAUUUCUCCCUGAUGGUGUAAUGAAACGAGUUGGUAUGCAAGUUUUUUGGCAGAUGAAGUGAGUUAUUGGAAUAAGGAAAGUCAGGGAGACGUGUGGUGCUUAAACAGUUUUUGCGAGUUUGUUUUAUCUUUUUGAUGACAUAAACCGCGUUCUGACAAUGGAAAGUCCCACCGUUGAAAAGUCUGAAGAAACCAAUAGACAAAUUGACAGUAGUAACACAAAAUCCAAUUCUAAACAACAGAGUAUAGAUAAAGCUAAUGAACGUCCUGAAUGGUUACCUGAUGGCUGGAACAUGGAAGUCAGAACCCGUAAAAGUGGUGUACAUAUGGGAUCUGGAUAUAAGUGUUACAUUGAUCCAUUGAAAGGAUACAAAUUCUUCUCCAAACCGGAGGUGCUACGAUAUCUCGAAACUGUAAAGGACAAUAGUUGCACUUCCAAAAAGGGGAAGAAAAGCAGUAACAUACAUUCUCCAAGUGACAAUGAUUGCACUUCCAAGAAGGAGAAGAAAAGCAGUAACAUACAUUCUCCAGAAGACAAUGGUUGCUCUUCCAAGAAGGAGAAAAAAUCCAGUAACAUGCAUUCUCCAAACAACAACAGUUGUGCUUCCAAGAAGGAGAAGAAAUGCAGUAACAUGGAUUCUCCAUAUGACAACAGUUGCACUUCCAAGGAGAAGAAAUGCAGUAAUGUGGAUUCUCCAACCGAUGUUGUGGUUGAGAAGUCUAUUGCGGAGGAUUUACCACCUGGAUGGGUAAAAGAAUUAAAGAUUAGGAAGAAUGGGAAUGGCAUUCGGAAAGAUCCGUUUUAUAUAGAUCCAGUGAGUGGAUACGUAUUCCGUUCUAAGAAGGAUGUACUGCGCUAUCUUGAAUCUGGUGAUAUUCAUUCAUGUGCGUAUAAGCCAAGUAGAAGACAAAUCCAAGAUGAAGACAACUUAACUCCUCCAACCGAUGCCAGGAAACAGAAACUGAAGCAAUCUCCUCCCAAACAACAGAUUUCUGCAGCCACAGAAAUACAUGAUAAAAGCUGCUUAGAAUCGCCAGAUGCUGACAGCUCAAGGAAAGGGCAAACUGCAAAUGUUCCAUCUGGAAUGAUGGUUGCUUCAGUUCCCAUGGCUGAAUCCAUUGUAAAGAUGCAUUCACUAGAGGAUGGAUCUGCGUACUCUUCUGAAAUGAAAAAAACAUCUGACCCAGGUAGCUCAGCACUUCUGAAAAAUGACUCCUUGAAAGAAUCAGAAAAAGUACUUUCUGCAGAUGACGUGCAAGAGAAGGAGCAUGUUGUGAAUAUGAUAGAGAAUGAUAUUCAAAAGAAUUGCAGUAACCAUAGCAUAUCCAGAAAUAGGAAGGAGUUCAAUGUGGGACACCGGUCGUCACCAAGACUUGCUGGAAGUAAACCUGUCCAGUUGGCCAACAAUGUGAUCAGUGAACAGACUCUUCAGGUUCGAAAAAGAAACUUGAGGAAAAGUAGAAAUACUCUAGAUGUUAUCUCUGAAGAGCAAACAGUUUCUAAAGAACAACCACAUCAGCAAGAAACAGAUAAAAUAGAAGACAAUAAGCCAGAAAUUCGAAUUAGCUCAAACAAAUCAAGUAAUAAGAAAGAGCACCACCUUCCUCGUCGGGCUUCAAAACGAUUAGCUGGAAUUGAGCAUCAGUCAAUGAACUCCAUAUCCUGUGAAGAAGCUCCCAAAUAUAGAAGUAAAAGGUCUAAGGAUGAGGUCAAAGGGGAAUUGCAGCAAAGUGAGGGUGGGAACUCAGCAAAUAAAAGAAAAAAAUCAGAACCUCUGCUGGAGAAACGUGAAAAUGAAGAAGUGGAUGAUGAGAAAUCAGAACCUCCGCUGUCCUUUGCAUUUCACUACUCUUGGUCUGACCCCAGCUUGGAAUCUGCAAUCAAUACCCUCACUGGUGUGUUACCACCAGUUGAUAGUAGACCUACUACGGUCUCUGAAACCGAUAAUCAAAAAACUUUGGUUGGAAAUGUUAUGGGAAGUGCCACAACAGUCCCUGAAACUGAUAAUCAAAAAACUUUGGUUGGCAAUGUUAUGGGAAGAAGUGUCACUACAGUCCCUGAAACUGAUAUUCAAAAAAAUUUGGUAGACAAUGUUAUGGAAAGAAGCAACGCCAUGGUCCCUGAAAUUGAUAUUAAAAAAACUUUGGUUGACGAUGUUAUAGGAAGAAGCACCGCUACACUCCCUGAAACUGAUAUUCAAAAAACUUUGGUUGACAAUGUUAAAGGAAGAAGUACUGCAACAGUCCCUGAAACUGAUAUUCAAAAAAAUUUGGUUGACAAUGUUACAGGAAGAAGCACUGCUACAGUCCCUGAAACUGAUGUUCAAAAAACAUCAAUUGAUAAUGUUACAGAAAAAAACAGGGACAGUGAAAACAAUUUGCUUGAUACUGUUACAGGAAGCAGAGACAGAAACUCCCAGGUACGAUCAAAUAAACCCAAGAGAAAGAAAGAGGUCAAAGUACCUAUGCGGUUAUCAAAGCGUCUUGCUGGCCUUGAACCCGAGGUGCUGCCGGCUGAAAGAGCUCUUGAAUAUUCCUCUAGAAAAUCAUGCAAAGAAGAACCAACCGUGGCUGCUACUUCAACUAAUGGAGUGUCAGACCAUCUUGAUGCUGGGGAAGAAACCAAGCUUGCUCUUCAGGCUUCUGACAGUUUGAAAACCGAAGUACUGGGAGAAUCAUCAAACAAGAGUGAGAAGUCACGUGAUACCCUAACUGGUCACAAGAAACAAUUGCAGAAAGUUGAAGCAGAAAAUAUUGGUGAUGAGAGAUCAGAGCAACGGCUCCCGUUACCAUUUGGGGGCUCUUGGUCAGAUCCAUGCCUCGAAUUUGCAAUCAAGACUCUCACUGGUGCUUUGCCGGUUGAUUCUGGUGCCGACAAUAUGCCACUUUUCCCUCCCGGCUUUGAUAAUCCACCAUAUAAGAAAUCACAUGGUAGUGCGGUUAAAAGCACUAAUCAAGAAGCUUGUGAUAACUCAAAACAAUCCCCAAACAAUAAAGAGCUUAAUAUGGUCAGCCAACCUGAGUUGAGGAUCGGCCCCACCUCUUAUGAAAUUGCUCCUAAGUUUACAACUAGAGAGUCUUGUGUUGAUCAAGGCAAUAUAAUAAGGAAUUUGGAUGAAGAACCUUGUCACACCGGAAACAUAACACAACCUGUGUAUCAUUCUAGGAAUAUAAACACACUAUCACAUGAAGAGCCAUUAAAGCAAAAUGGGCAGGUUGUAGAGGGUGGAUUGGUUUCAACAGAGCAACUAUUUCAACCUGGAACUGUAAACCAUGACAAUUCUGAAUUACAGUAUUGUGCUCCAUUUAUGAAUUCUUGGUCAGACCCAUGCUUAGAAUUUGCAUUUAAGACUCUUACAGGCGUGAUACCGGUUGAGGAAAAUUUAACACUUCAAGGAUGUUUCCAGGAGCCUGCUAACUAUAAUGAACGAAGGGACAGUGGUUCAAUGUUGCCAGAUUUCGGAUCUUCGAGCUUUUCUCAUAGUGAUUUCUCAUUUCUCCAUGAUACAGGGGUUAAGUCCAUGCCGGGGCAGCAGUCAUCAAUGAGCUCUUCAUUCCUACCGGUGGAAAAAACGAGCCUGCAAGGUUUUGCAGGAGUUGAUCCUCAAACACACUUUUCUCAGUGCAACAAUAAUUUUCAAAGAAGGUAAGCUAGUUAAAUAUUUGUUGCUACCUCCAGGAUAACUGCUAUUAGUAUCCGAUUAAACUUUUGUAGACUGCAAAAUGUUUGUCAUUAAGCAUCCUUUUAUUUUCCCGGUGACAUUUGUAAAUACAUUGUGAACAUAAGGUCUCGCUUAGUGUUUUGCUUUGUUUGUUGAGAAAGAUCUAGGUAAGCAAAGGAAGGAGGUACAGGAACCCAACCGUUGUUGUGACAAUGCUAUCUAACUAAUGUAGUUUGUAUCUCUAGUUAUUAUUUAGUUCAAGUAGAUUAUUAUUUCUUAUUUUCUUUCCCUUCAUAAAAGGCAUAAACUCACAAUUAUGUUUGAAUUAGCUUAGCUUAUUUUCAGAAUUUCUUUUU